UAUGUACAACUGGUGGGGACGACUUUUCAAGGAAUGUAUAACUUCGGCCUCAUUUUAAAAUCUUAUCUCGUUGAGGCAACCGCCCUGAGCCUUCCCAUCCAAGAAAUAAUAGAAUUUUUUUCAGAUGUGGUCAUAUUCUAAGUCGUUUCUUCUCAGGGAAAUGCAGCCGAGGAGGAGGUCGACGUUUUUAGUUGUCCUCUGCCUUGGUUUCCUCCUGUGUGCUUUUUUUAUAGCGUACUCGGCGUUUAGCGAGAUUCAGCAUCACCCGACACUCAAGAGUUUGCACGUCAUUUUCAGACAUGGACACAGGACUCCUUCUUCUUCUUAUCCAAAUGAUCCAUACAAGAAUAAAAUAUGGACUGAUGGCUUCGGAGCACUUACUAAUAAAGGCAAAGCUCAGCUGUACGACGUUGGACGUUUUCUAAGACAGAAGUAUGGUUCUUUCCUCAGUGAUCAAUAUGUCGUAGAUCAAGUGUCAGUACUGAGCAGUUCUGUGCCACGGGCACAGAUGAGUGCACUCACCCUCCUCGCUGGCCUUUUCCCACCCGUAAGAGACCAAGUAUGGAAAACUGACCUAGAUUGGCAGCCGAUACCCGUCAACCAAAUUCCACGACAACUUGAUCACCUUAUAACAGCCAAAGCAGCCUGUAAAGCUUUUGAUAUAGAAAAACAAAGGUCCGACAUCGAAUUGAACUCUCAGUUUUACGAGAUUCAUAAAAAAUUAUAUUCUUUAUUAUCGACUAAAUCUGGAGAUGAUAUACAAUCUAUUGCCGAUGUUGAGAAACUUUUUUAUAUCUUAUCCAUCCAGGAAGAAAAUGGACUUGAAAUGCCUGAAUGGGCAAGAAGGGUUUUGCCUGAAAUGAAAUCUUUAGCAUCUUUAAACCUUGCUAGCUACACAUGGUCAGAAAAAUUAAAAAUGCUCCAAGGAGGAUCGAUGCUGAAAGAAUGGAUAUCUCAUUUCAAAUCGCCAAGCUAUGGAAAACUGUACUUGUACUCUGGCCAUGAUCUGACGCUGGUCAACAUACUUCGGACUGUAGGCUUCGACGAAUUGAUCCUCCCAAAGUAUGGGGCCGCCAUUAUAGUCGAGUUCCACCAUGACAAGGAUUUGGACGAAAAGCAAUUCUUAAAGUUUUUAUACCUUAACUCGAGUUAUUCAACAGAGCUUCAUGAUUUGAAGCUCAAAAACUGUGACAUCAACUGCCCUCUAGAAGAUUUUAUCUCUCUCUACGAUAAAUACAUUCCUCAAGAUUUUACGAAAGAAUGUGAAAAUACAGCUUCCAAGCUUUAAUAUUUUAUUUGAAGUUUUUUAAACCUCUCGACUGUAUAAUACAUAAAGUAUUUUUGUUUUUAAUGUCUAUAUUUAAUUGUUUA